AUGGAGAAGAGAAGCGAUCAGGGAAAGACGCCGGCGGAGGCGGAGGUCGAUCACGUCGUCGCCAAUAAGGAAGAGGAAGAGGAGGCCACAGAGCUGAAGAAGGAUAAGACUAGGAAGACGAAGAUGGUAAGGUUGACGCAGGUACAGAUCGACUACUGCAUCGCCGUGCACAAUGCCAACAACAAACCUAUGGCGGCCACCAAGAAAGGGGUCCCCAAGUUCACGGAGGUCUUGUCCCCGGCGCAGCUGGCCGAGGAGCGCAAGGACAUCAUCCAUCAGUACCGCACCAAGGGUUUUGCGGAGGUGGAGAUGGAGGUGGACGAGGACUACCAACACGAGGAGCAGAUUAGGCUCCACCACUACAGGAAAAUCCUACUUUGCCGAGAGCCGAACUCUUUGCCUAGAGCCAUGGAAAAGGCGCUCGGCAAAGACGGACCUUUGCCGAGGGCCAGCCCGCACCCCUCCCCAACCCCAGACCCGCUCGCGCGCCCCAGCCCUAGCACGCCGCCGCCGUCGCCCUUCCCUCGCCGCCGCCGUCGCCCGCCGCAGACGAAGCCGAGGCGCCGCCCCUCCCCGUCCUCACCUCGCCCCCACGCGCCCGCCGCCGCGCCGCGCCGCCCCCACCCGCUCACCGCGCACGGCGCCCCAGCGCACGCCACGCGGCCCACCCCACCCCCCGCGGUGGCGCCCCAGCCAAGCGCCGCGCCCGCCCCCACCGGCCCCCUUGCCCCCACCGGCACCGGCCCCCUCGCCCCCGUAGCGGCCCCGCCCCCGCCACGCGCCGCGGCCCUACCCCGGCGAGCCCUCUCCGCCGGCGAGCCCCGGCCGCGGCUACCAGCCCCUACCCCGAGCAGGACCUUUCGAGGGGACUCGGAGCACCUCGACACAGCGUCGCCUCGCCACUGCACCGACUCGUCACUGCGCCGCUAG